GGCACACUGCUCUCCUCAUUAUUGCGUCAGAGCAAAAAACUUAGAUACAAUAAUCAUGGCUAAAGGAUAGAGCUUCUACCUCGAUAUUUAUAGGAUAAUUCUGGUUCUUGCUGGGCUCCAUGGAUCAAACAAAAAGUUGGAUGUGGACUUCAACGAAACCUAGCCCUAAUCCUCAUGACCCAUCUCCUAGAUUUAGAGAAACUCCUUGCUUUCCUGAUGCUUUUUCUUGUGAUAUUUGGCCUCCAAGAUCUUAUUCUUGCAGCUUUUGCAAGAGAGAAUUUAGGUCAGCUCAAGCUCUUGGUGGCCACAUGAACAUUCAUAGAAGGGAUAGGGCUAGACUGAGACAGAGCCAGUCUGACCUCCAAACUCAAAACCCUAACCCUAACCCUAACCCUAACCCUAACCCUAACCCAGAUCCUAGCCCUGAUGGGAGCCCCAAGUCUUUCUUUCUCUUCCCUUCUUCUGGUGCAGCACCCACUCUCUCUCUAACACAACAACCCCUUCAUCACCACCUUUCACCCAUUUAUUCUUCACCUUUUUCUUGCUCUUCAUCUUCACCAUCUUCAACAACUGAUGUUAAGGGCUCACAUCCAUCCAUGAAAUCAGCCUCUGAUUCCUCCCACUUCAAAGAGAGCAGAUUUGGGUUGUUAGGUAAAAGAGAGGAGGUAGAGGGGUCCAAUGAAGAACGAGCGGUCAUUCGAAGACGAUUUAUCGACACCACUUUGUUUAUUGGGCUAAGAGGUGAAGAUUCAAUUGAGGAUUUAGACCUCGAGCUUCGGCUUUAAUCUGAUUCCUCCAUGGAAACGCAAUUCAUGAUCCUGAUUAGUCUUUCUCUCUAUGUCCAAUGCUUUAUCUAUCAUAGAAACGAAAGAAAUUUGAAGGUCCACUACUCUCUCUCAUUAUAGAAAGCUAAAGGAGCUUUGAAACUCCAUUAAUUUCUCUCUCAUGCUGCUAUUUUUGUGGCCUUCUCAUUAUAGAAAGCUAAAGGAGCUUUGAAACUCCAUUAAUUUCUCUCUCAUGCUGCUGUUUUUUGUGGCCUUCUCCAAGUGAAUGUGAGACUGCCAUGAUCUUCUUCAGCUGUAAAAA